AAAAAAAAAAAAUCAAUUAUCGUUCCUGCUUCUCUCUCUUCUUAAUAUUUGUGCUUCUGGCUCUCUCUGUUUCCGAGAAGGAAGAAACAGAGGUUCCUGCAAAAAGAGAAAGGGCAGAAGCAGAGGAAGGAAAAAUUUUUCAAUUUGUGCGGUUAUUCUUACCGUAGGGUUCCGAUUUUGCUUAUCCUUCGCAGAUCCCUCGUCCCUUCAUCUUCCAUCUCAUCUCCUUUGCUCUUUUCUUUUAUUGAGCGACAUUACAGAUGGACAAUCUACAGCAUACUGUAGAAUAGCCGGGCAGCUCGUGCUUGGUUAUCAGAAACCUCGAAUAAUUUGUCUCAAUUGACUAGAUAAGCUGCUUUUGCUUUCGCGAGCUGAGAAGAAGUUAAUGAUAGUUUUGACAUUUGAUUAGCUCAGUAGUCUAUUAUGUUCCUGCAAUAGGCUGUUGAGACUUAUUCAAAUGCAGUCACCUCCAGAAAAAGCUUUUGUUAUGUUGAAAAGGGAAGGAACUGACUUUGCUGGGUCAAGUUAUGCAAGUCACCUAGAUGGUACUUUCCAGGAAGCAAUAGCUGCUGUUGCUGCUUCAUCAUCUUCUUCUGCUUCAUCAUCAUCGUCAUCAUCUUCAGAUGAUGACUCUCAGGAGACACAAAAUGACGAUGACCUAGACAAUGGGAAUGCUUCUAAACAAUUGGUGCUUUAUGAUCCUGCUGCUAAUGGUACUGUUGCAAUUGAUUCCACCCCUCCUGGACCUAUUCAGUGCAGACCUCCGCCGUGUCCAAGAUUUUCAUCAUCAAGAGUAUUGCCAUCUGUUGGGGCUUUCACUGUCCAGUGUGCCAAUUGUUUUAAAUGGAGGCUUAUACCAACAAAGGAAAAGUAUGAAGAAAUACGUGAACAUAUUUUAGAAAAUCCCUUUGUUUGUGAAACAGCUCGUGAAUGGCGGCCUGAUAUCUCAUGUGAUGAUCCAACGGAUAUCUCUCAAGAUGGCAGCCGACUUUGGGCAAUUGAUAAACCCAAUAUUGCUCAGCCUCCUCCAGGCUGGCAAAGGCUACUGCGGAUCAGAGGUGAAGGAAGUACUAAAUUUGCAGACAUCUACUAUCAAGCACCGUCAGGAAAGAGACUGCGCUCAAUGGUGGAGGUGCAAAAGUACCUGAUUGAACAUCCUGAGUAUGCAACAGAAGGGGUGACUUUGUCUCGAUUUUCAUUUCAGAUACCUAAGCCUUUACAGGAAGACUAUGUGAGAAAGCGCCCUGCCCCUGCCCGUCUGACAGGCUCACAUGAUAAUGCUAGGCCUCUUGAACCUGGUGAAGUGAAUCCACUAGCUUGGGCAGAUCCAGAUGACACAGAUUUGCAGCUUGGCCGCCCAGCGCUUCCACCUCCUAGUGUUGAGGCCCCUGUUUCUGAUUCACCUAAUCGGCCAGCAAAGCAGGCUAGGAGAACACCGUCCGAACAGAUGUACAAAAGUAAUCCAGUGUCUAAUCAACAUGGUGGCAAGGUGGAAAAGCGCCGGUCAGUUUAGAAAUACCAAUUAUGGGGAGGGAGACUUGGACCAGAUCGUUUUUUCUCCUUGUGACUUUUUUUUUUGUUUUCGGUUUUUUGGGUUAUUUUGAUUUAGAUUACUAGCUCAUGUUCUCCAUAGCAGAAUACUCAAAAGGUUUGAUAGUAGCUUUUUUUGAAAGGAGUGGAUGGUGAUGAUGGGGGUGUUAUUAGGGAUGUAGUUGCAAGCUUGUUUGUCAGGGAUGUUAGAAACACUAAAUUAAAAAAUAUAUAUUACAUGUAUUUGUAUAAGAUCUAAGAGAGGAACUAAUCAUAUUACUACACGUGUAUGAGGGGCAUCUACACAUUUGCCUAGAAUCAUUUUGGAAUAUUCUUUCGUUUUUGUU